AUGCGAGCUCUCAAACUGCGUGCCCCCAGUGUAUAUAUCGCGCUGCUCUCCGCCGUCGCCGUCGGCGCAUUCCGCGCGCCGCUGCGGAGCCGAAGAAGCAGCAGCGCGCGCUUCGCCGGCGAGGACAAGCGGCGGCAGCGCUUGGACCCGCGGUUCGGCUUCUUUGGCCUCGAGCUUGCUUGGGUUUUAGCCGACGCCGCGAGGCAGGUCGCGCGCGGGUCGACGCGCAUAGGCGACCUCGUCAUCGCGGGCGCCGAUACCGCCGACCUCGUGCAAUAUCAGAGCUACGUGCUCGAGCGCGUCUACUGGCAGGGCGACGACGACGGCGCCGUGAGAAGAGUCGACGUCGACGACCUCGACGCGGAUCGGCCGCCGGGCUGCGAGCGCUACGAGAAGUACCUGGCGCUCUACUCGCCGCGCUAUCACGCGAAGACGGGCGCCGCCGUCGUGAGACCCGACGAGGCCCAGCUCAUCCCCCUGCGGCGCGAGGUCGCGGACGCGUCCGUCCUCGCGAUCCCGGGCUUCUUCUGGGUCGCCGUCUGCUACAACUUCAUCGAGUACGGCAAGGCGACGGGGCGGAUGUAA